AUGGAUAAUAGUCGGCCUAUUCAAGUCGGCUUUGUUGUAAAUGAUGAUCCCCUUCCAUCUGAUUUUCACUAUACUUGCUGUUGUUGGAUCCAUAAUUCGAAUUUUUUCUCUAAAGAACCAUUUUCAUUUGAAAAAGUGUUCGUUGCAGGCACAAUGGAAGGCCCACUAGUCUGUUUUGGUAUUAAUAACACGAAAAUUGAAUCAGUUAGUAUCCUUAUUGGUCAUCAUAGCAAUGUUUCAGAUAUAAUUAACGGUUUACAAGGAAAGCAAUUCUUAUCAAUAUCAAAUGACGGAACAUUAUGCGAAUGGAGAACUACCGAUACUAGUUGCAUUUGUAAAUACCCAGAAAUUGUUCCAUCAGGAAAUUUAUUCCUUUCAAUACAGCCCACAGAGAUAAAUCAUGUCUGGAUAUGCUCAAUUGGCCAGAGAGCAGAUCUUUUUGAUACAAAAACUCAAUCAAUUUUGUGCUCAAUUUCAAUUCCAUCGUUGGUCUCUUUUUCUUACAUGACAUCUGCAAAUAGUGUUUACGUAUCAGAGUCGUGCAUUGUUGUAGUUACAAAUAACAACAUUAGGCAGAUUAAAUUCGAAAACAACGAAGUUAUUUCAAAUAAAAAGAUUCAAAACAUUUCUUCGAACAUUUUCGAGAAUUACUAUUCAACGCCAUACGGUGUAGUAAGAAUUAAACGCAAUAUGUUUUCGGUUUUAUACGAAAGAGGAAACUCAAAAGAUUAUGAGUUACAAUUAGACGAAUCAGAUUCGAUCCAAUACGUAUAUUGGGUUACAAAAAAGCAUUUGUGCCUCGUUACAUUCGGCGGAUGCUUCUUUGUCGUAAAUAUUUCUCAUUCUAAAGAACUUGACCGAAUUAAAAUCGAAAACAUUGAGAAAUACAAGUUCGAAAACACUUUUGUCUCAGGGAAAUUUGAUUUUCAGCCUGAAUUUGGCUUUGUUUUCCCUCAUUCUUCAAAAUCUGUUCGAUAUCUCAACAAAGAAUCGCAAUUUUCAUUCACGCCUGUGAAGUUUGUUGCAAAAUACAGUAUUCCUAUAGGUUCUUCGGACAAUAUAAUAACAUUAAACAAAAAUAACCACGAAAUUGAGGUUUUCAACUGGUCUUCGCUGGAAAAAGUUGAAGUAUCUCACAAAUCACAGUCGAAGAUCACAUGUAUUUACUCAAUUCCUGUUAAAUACCGUCAGCAAAAAUUAAUGAUUUAUGCAGGAGGCGCUGACGGGACAGUAUCGUUUUAUUUUGAUAUAUCUGAGACACCUAUUCGCACUAUUGAUGCUCUUGCAUCGUCAAUUGAAAGCUUUAUCAGAUUACCGAUUAAAAUCGGCGGAAGAGAGUCUGUUUUAGCUGUUGGAGAGGAUGGAUCGAUAGCUCUUAUCAAAUGGACAGAUAUUAUUGUCAGGUAUCCUGGCUUUAACACCAAAGUUUUAGAAGUUUAUUUUUAUGAACAGCAAUCUUUCCUGAUUGUUAAAUAUUCCAGCGGUGAAUAUUUUGUAUAUAGCCUUAAGUCAUCAGAUAUCAUUGAUUGCUUGUCAGUUGCCCCACCUUUAGCUCAGAAAUUUUAUCCAUCUGAAGAAUGCUUCGAAGAAACAACAUUUUCGCUUGAGACCAUUGAUGUUGGCCGAUCAUCACAAGUUAUAGCUCGUUUAAGGCUUGAUUCUGAGUUAGAUGACUCAAAUUCAAAAAUUUUACAAGCCAAAUACAUAAUUUUCAGGUUAUUACUUCCAGGAGUACCAGUAAAAAACACUCCACCAGGAAUUUCGGAUAAAUGUGGCUCAAACUUAGUUUUUUAUGGAGAUUCUCCAGGAACAAUAACAUUAUUCUAUAAAAACCAAGCAUUGACCGGCCACCACAUAUUCGAAUCAUCAGAAGAUAUUGCAGGCAUGCAUUUUAUUGCAUGGACAAUCCUUUCCACCUCAUUUUCCUUUACAAAACCAAGAUAUUCCCCUGAUUACAACGGUUCCUACUUUUUACCACUUCUUUCCCAGCUAAUCAACCACAAGAGUCAACAUAUCCGCGAUACAGCCUCUCUUGCAUGUGCCAAUUCCAUGAUGGCGACUCCAAUUUCGACUGCCCAGAAUAUUGUCACUCCUUUCAUCUCAAACAGGCACCCGAUGACUGAAACUGAGAAAUUCCUUCUCUCCAUGGUAUUUGUGGCCCAACCAGACACUCUCCCGUCAAGUUUCCUUCUAAAUCUUUUUGACUUUUUAGUGUCAAAAAUGAAGUCAAAUUCAGAAGAAGGAUAUUUGUCAACUGUCAUUUUACUGAAUGGUUUUGACUUAUGGGAGAAGACUACGAACACCAAUGACCUUCUCUUGAAGAUCAUGAGGGAAAUGGUCUCGCAUCAAAGGCAUCAACACGUCAACACAAUUUUCGCAAUUGUUUCUGGAAUUCAUUUCCAAGAAUUCUUCCAAAGUUUCGAUAAAAUUGUUGACGAAAACGUAACAGUCGCAAAUGGAAAUAUUGUUUUAAAGAGGCUGUUUGAGCUUACCAACCGUGUUUCUUUCAGUGGCGUUGACAUGAUUGGAGCUCCAGCAACAUUAAGAAUCGCUUACGUUGGUUCUAAAUAUCCGAAAUUGGCUCAAGUUGUUGCAGAAGAAUUGGCAAGGGCGACAUUGACAAAUAGAUGUGUUUCUGUGUGCCAGAACGUGUGUAUUGUAGCUGUGAAUGGUACUUGCUACGUUUUCAGGAACUGCAGUUUCGAAUUCUCUGUACAAUUAACUGAAACUCCGAUUUCUGCUUUGAUUUUGGAUAAAAAUGCAGCAAAAUGUGCGGCGAUUUCCAAUGAAUCUAGUGAAGUAAUUAUAUUCUUAACUAGAACAAAGAAGGAAUCGCUGCUUGGAGCAAAGAAACCUGUAAUAGAAAAAAGAUACGAAGUGUUGAAAUCAAAUGAUGUUAAGGCUGAAUGGGGACCUGAUGGAAAUCUUGUUAUUAAAUAUGAUUAA